UCUUUGGAAGAGAUAAUUAAAAGUAUUCAUUCUGGAGAUUCAGAGCUUGAGCUGAAGUGCACGCAAGGCUACUAGGAAAAUGUUGUCUCGUGAGCGGAAUCCUCCCCUAAAUGAUAUAAUUGAGGCUGGACUUAUACCAAAGCUGGUGGAGUUCCUGAGUUAUCAUGAUAACAGCGUCUUGCAGUUUGAAGCAGCUUGGGCUCUUACUAAUAUUGCAUCUGGCACCUCAGACCAGACUAAAGCUGUGGUAGAUGCGAAUGCUAUUCCAUCCUUUAUAUCUCUGAUCUCAUCCCCACAUGCGCAAAUAAGUGAACAAGCAGUUUGGGCACUUGGGAACAUUGCUGGUGAUGGUCCAAUCUACAGAGACAUACUGAUCAGCUGUAAUGUGGUUUCACCACUUUUAGCAUUGGUAACACCACAGACACCGAUUGGUUUUCUCCGGAACAUUACAUGGACCCUGUCGAACCUUUGUCGCAAUAAAAACCCCUACCCACCCAUUAAGGCUGUUAAGCAAAUGUUGCCAGUGCUAACACAGCUUCUCUACCAUGAGGACAAAGAUCUCUUGUCUGAUACAUGUUGGGCAAUGUCCUAUCUCACAGAUGGUGCAAAUGAUAGGAUUGAUGUUGUUGUGUCAGCAGGAGUUGUAGACCAAAUAGUGAAACUAAUGCACAGCCAAGAACUUAACAUACUGACACCCGCCCUCCGUACUAUUGGAAAUAUAGUUACCGGAACAGACAAGCAGACCCAGGUGGCCAUUGAUGCAGGAGUCCUCUCUAUCCUUUGUAGGCUACUUCGACAUCCUAAGCCUAGUGUCCAGAGGGAGGCUGCAUGGGCUCUUAGUAAUAUUGCUGCAGGACCGGCUCCACAGAUUCAGCAGCUCAUAACUUGUGGCCUCCUUGCUCCACUGAUUGAUAUUCUCAAAGAGGGUGAAUUCAAAGCUCAGAAAGAAGCAGCAUGGGCAGUGACAAAUUACACAAGUGGAGGUACUGUAGAGCAAAUAGUACAGCUGGUACAUUGUGGGGUGCUGGAACCACUGCUUAACCUCCUAACCGUCAAGGACAGUAAAACAAUAUUGGUUAUCCUAGAUGCCAUUUCAAAUAUAUUCCUGGCUGCAGAAAAACUGGGUGAACUGGAUAAACUAUGCCUAGUUGUGGAAGAAUUGGGAGGCCUAGAGAAAAUAGAGGCUCUGCAGACGCAUGACAAUCACAUGGUUUACCAUGCAGCCUUGGCUCUUAUAGAAAAAUACUUCUCAGGCGAGGAAGCAGAUGGCAUUGCUGUCCUGGAACCAGAAGCCACCAAAGAAAGAUAUGCAUUUCAAGCACCAAAUGUAGCAAAGGAAGCUUUCAAUUUCUAA